AUGGAUUCAUAUGAAUCAGAUAUGUUCGAGGAGGCUAAUGUGAGUUUAGAAUUUUAAUAAUUAUGUUUUUCAUUGGUUUUCUUUUAAAAUUCUUGAAAUUUUAACUUUUUUUAUUUCAAAAAAAUUUUUUUCUUUAUGUUUUUGUUUGUAAAUUGUCUUGUUUAACAGUAUUUUAUUUUACUAUCAACCAUUUCAAUCUAUUUCCGUGAAUUCAAAAGGUUUCUUAACUCUGAACUCGCUCAGAUGGUCUACUACAAUAUCCUAAAGCCGAUUAUUAUAUCUCGAUAUCUCAAAAACUAGUUUUAGGAAUUGAAUGUUUUUUGGAUCAUUUUAAUUGCCUUUUUAUACCUAUUUUAGUAGUUUGAAUAUUAGACUAGGUUAUCUUAUGGACUUUUAAGAUUUUAAGGGAGUUAUUCGACCAAAUAUGAUUUUUAAAGGUAAAUCUUUGAUUGAUCCCGUGCAGUCAAGUAAACUAAAUUUGAAUGGGUAAAACUAAUUUAGACGGUUAAUAUAGGUAUUGCCUUUGAUUUAAAUACCAAAUUUAUUGAAUUUUUACGCUUUGUUGGGGUGAAAACAAUUGUCAAAGAUAAUAUAGUCUUGCUGUUACCUUUUUUGCCUAAUUGCCAGAAUUCUUCUAGUAAAACUUGAUUUUUUAGCAAUUUUUCUUGACCUUUGCGGGCUAUUUUAAUUUCUGUUUGAUAUAUCUAAUCAUUGUUUAACCAUAUAAUCUUUCCUAAAGCUAUAAUUUUACAGAAAAACGAAAUUAUCGACGAUUUCGCGACAACAUCAAACGAGAAACUUGAACUUAUUUUACAAAAUGUGUUGGAUAACGUGAGCCAAGAGAACUUUGAUGAGGAAAAACAGAAGCUACAGCAUCUAGAUGAGAAGUUUGAUUGGAUGGAAUGUCCACAAAUUAUAAAAUUGAUGUGUUUCUUCAACACUUUUAAGCCUAACAGGAUCACUAUCACUGAAGACGUGAGUUUUUGAUGUUAUACCUCAUUUUUAAGAGUUUGAAGAUAGAAGAUAUAUUAUCAAAGCUUGUAUAAAGCCUUUAAAAAGAAAGAUCUUUAUUUAGAGAACAAGAAAUGCUAUCUAUUUAAAAAAUUUUACCUAGAACCUACUACAAUAUGAUAAAAAUAUUUUUCAGAUCCCUUUCUUCUUCCCCACCCAUCACAAACAAGGAAUGCGUUGUAUGUACAAACGCCGUGUCUUCUACGAGACUCAUUCCAAAACGGCCGGUGUAAAUCGAUGGCGUUGCAACCAACGUGGCUGUCGUGGCACAAUCUACAUCAACAAAGAAGGAGAAUGGAAUGUGAUUGAUUCUGGCCGUCAUUGGACACGAGAAUGUGAUUGUAAAGCUCAGGAUCACGAUAAACUUGUAGCCAUCGCUUUCAAGAGUAUUGGAUACAAAUUGGCGAGACUAAUGCCAACCGAAUCGACCAAAGCCCUGAGGGCUUGUGUAAUGGCUUUGGCGGACAAAGAUCAGCUGGGCAAGCUGGACAAUUUUGAUCGGGUGAUUAGGAAGAACAAAAGGAUUGGGCUGCAGAGAAAAAAGAUGGAAGAGGAAAAAGAAGGGGAAGUGAGUGAUGAUAAACAAGUAAAAAAUGAUAACGAAGUAAAGGAUGACAAAGUAAUGGAAGAGAAUAAUGAAGAAAAGAAUAAAGAAGUAAAAGGUAAAGAAGUGGAGGAUAACAAAGAAGUGAAAGAUGAUGAAGAAAUAAAGUAUCAUAAAGAAGAAAAGAUGAAGAAAUGA